CAGGGAUCACAUGCGCUAAAGGGCGUAAACACAGAAACAAAAACAAUAACAAACAGCUGCCGCUCUCGCAGCACAGGUGCACCAUCCUCUCUACAGCAGUUGCCAACGUAAAAGGAGAGGCGCGGAGCGAGAGCGGGAAACGAGUGUAGGUGUGAGUAAGUGUGAAAUCGCUUCCCUCUUGCAACAAGCACUUGUUGUAAAGAGUAUCCAAGGGCAGGAGGAACUGCAUUUAUCUUUUCCAGUGAAGUUAACUUGUGCCUAUACACGAUGGCAAGCUCAGCACACCACAAUAUAGAUUCGUGUGCCCAGUGUGAUGAUGACUUUGAUUUGGGCAUUGUGGUUCGUCGUUUAACAGAAGAGGUAGAGCACAUGGUCAAGAUAGUGACAAUCAAAAAAAAUGCCCUGUGCAAUGUGCAGGGCAGAGUGACUGCUCUGUGUGCAACUCUUCUUGAUCAAGGUACCAAUACAGUUCGUGCUCUAAGGAAUGCAUUUCUGGCUAAAGUUCGCCUUUGUGAAGCAGAGCGUGCUAUUAGCAGGGCUCUAGCACCACACUGCAUUGGGCAGCACUCCAGCAAGCAGGAAAGGGAUGCAGCAAGAGGCAUGGCAGCUCAGCUCAAGCUCCGUGUCGAGGUAUUGCGCUUAUUCCAAGGUGAUGGUUCGGGUAAGAUGCUGAAGAGCACGUAUAAAGGGCUGGAGAAUGCCCUUGAAGUAUUGUCUAGUGAACUAACAGGACUAGCUGAGCGUCACCGCACUUUGCUUGCCAUGUUGUCUUGCCGAAACAAAGCUGUUUUACAAGAGAGGGUGUACACACCAGAUGUAAAGUUACAGCUAGAGUCUCGCUGGAUGCAUGUGUCUAGCACUGUAGACAGCCAGCAUGACAAGAUGAAGAACUGCAAAUCUGUCUUGUGUGUGACUUCAUCAGAACUCGUUUUAUUCACGGAAUCACAAGCACGUUCAGAUGCACUUCGUCAGCUGUGUUUGGAAAUUCAACAGACAGGAUCCUUGCUCUGAUCAUAUUUUUCAAUGAGUAGACCAAAGAAAAAGAAAGGAUUAGGUGUUAUUAGUUAAAUAGACACUUCAUUAACCAAUAACAGGAUUUGACACAUUUAUUCAGCAGAAAUUUUAUACAACUUUUAUGCUGACUUCUUGCUUAAAAUUUAACUAUUCAAGUGUGUCGCUUUUGGAUUUUAUACUUUAGUGAUAAAAGCUUUUUGAUAUUUUCAAUUGAUUUUAUUGUUUAUACAGUUUCAACUAUUGUCAAUUGCAAAAGCAUAACAGUUUAGGAGGGGGAUGUUUGAUUUUAA